AUGUUCCAACUUCAAAAUGUUCCAACUUCCAACCUCAGAAUGUUCCAACUUCAAAAUGUUCCAACUUCCAACCUCAGAAUGUUCCAACAUCCAACUUCAAAAUGUUCCAACUUCCAACCUCAGAAUGUUCCAACUUCAAAAUGUUCCAACUUCAAAAUGUUCCAACUUCCAACCUCAGAAUGUUCCAACUUCGAAAUGUUCCAACUUCCAACCUCAGAAUGUUCCAACAUCCAACUUCAAAAUUUUUUUCGAACAGGUAUAAAAAACUUGUUGUCGCAGGAUACGAAGACAAACAUCUCAAAUGUUUUCUAGCGCGUCCUCUCUCAUACGGUUAUAUAUUUGGUUCUAAUACUCUAGGUUAGAAUUAGGGUGAUUAUAUCGACCUUUUUUUUGCUUCACUGUAGGUGAAGGGGGAUCCCGGGAAUGAUCGCUUGUCUAGGUAGUGUGUUGCAAACUUGCUCCACUUCACAUAUGUGUGUACAUUUUCAAGUUCGUUUAUUAAUUUUCAAAUUCUUCCUCUCACAGAAUUGCAGUUUAAAACGUUUUAUUGUAAUUUUAAGUUGACUCUCGAAAUUUUAUUUCAAAAAUAUUAUUUUUUCAGGGUUACCAAAUAUCAUUCAAAUGUUGCGACAAAUGUCUGAGGAAGAUAGUUUUCUGGAAGCCAAAGUGAGUUUUAAGAUACCCAAUUUUUCGAAGGACAAAAUUAUGUUUUUUAAACAUCAAAAGAGAGCGGAUCCAAUUUCCAGAAACUCCUGUAAUUCAUUAUGAAUACUUGUUUUUUUCAGAAACAACAAGUGAUCGAGUUGGAACUAGACAAUCGAGAAUUGAGAAACAAGGUAUCAAAUAUGUCAAAUCAAAUUAGUAGUUUGAACGAAAAACUGGAAACGGAAACUUCCUCAUCUGCAACAUAUUCGGAGAUAUUGGAAAAAUAUCAAACUGCGGCUGAGAAAAGAAAGAAGGAAAUCGAAUGUAUGAAUCUUAAAAUAAGAGAUUUGGAGGAAACGAUCAAAGUAAAGGAUGUUGAACUGCUAAUGAAAGAUGAAGAACUAAAUGCGAAGGGUGCUAUGAUCAAUGAGAAGAAUCAGCAGAAGACUGAACUUUUGGACAAAUUGAACGAAGUUACGGCAGAGUUCGAGACGUUUAAGGUUAAUGCGAUAGCUUCAGCUGAACAAAAAGUAGCCAAAAACUAUCAAAAGAAAAUCGGUAUGUUUUACAUCGCAUGUUUUUGAUCACCUGCCUUACUACUUAUCAUUUCAGAACAAUUGAAGUCGGAUUUGGAAGCAUCGAAUGAAAAGUUCCACGAAGCGAAGGCAGAAUAUGAGGACAAUUCGAAAAUUUGGAAUGAUAAAUCCAGAGAAGACUCGCGCACCUUGAAAUCUAUCAUUCGUUCGGUUAAGGUCUUCGAGGCAGUUUUAAGAAUUGGAGGAAACAAAGUAAGGAAAUUUCCAUAUCUGACAAUACUAAUAACAUUUAUAUUACAGGAAGAAAUAAUGGAUGCUUUCAUCCCGGUCCUCUCUGUUCUUCCUGAAACGACAAAAUCAGCUUCCAACAACCAAUAA